CUGAGGCGACACUCCACCAACAAAUUGGUAAAUGACUCCACUCGAACGCGUAUCCGUUCAAUCUACUUAAGACAAGAAGAUUCUCCAGUCUGCCGUCUAACCUGAGGCAUAUUGGUGACCUAAAUCACGAGGAACAUCAUAAACGAAGAAAGUUCCGGACAAUGGGGCAAGCAACAAGGGUUUAAAUCUAUUCUCAGAAAUAUUAAUGUCAAUCGGCCGACAAUAUGAGAAAAAACAAACUUCGAAUAUAUAAAUCUCCGUAAGUCAAUAUUCAGCUCAAUAAUGAACGGAAUAAGCGUCGCAGCGGAGAAACCUCCUGGGGAAACCAAGGAAGAGAAGAAGAGGAUAAGUGUCAAAGACAAGUUAAUGCAGAUAAGAUCCAAUAUAACAGUGGAACCGAUUAUCGCGUGCUACAUAAUGUCCAAUGUGUUUUCCGGAUUGGCCAUUCAGAACUUAAAUUUGGAAAAAGCUUGCAGGGUGAAUUUAGGUUACAGUGAUGAAGUUUGUUCAGCAUUAAAUAGACGGCAGACUGAGAACUACACGAUGGAAGAAUCGGAGGUGCAGAAACUGACAGCGUCUGUGCAGGCGUGGAAGAAUAUUGUGCAGACACUAUUUCCCUGCAUACUUGUGCUAUUUGUUGGUUCCUGGAGUGAUAAGACGGGGAAAAGGAAAGCUUGCAUCCUCUUGCCGAUCGUCGGCGAAGUGCUGUGUGUGACAAGUUUUAUGUUAAACACAUACUUCUUCUACGAAUUACCUCUGGAGAUCACGGCCCUCUCCGAUUUGUUUCCGUCGCUGACCGGCGGGUGGAUAACUGUUUGCGUUGGUGUAUUCAGCUACAUUGGUGACGUGACCACAAAAGAAAUGAGGACAUUUAGAGUGGGAGUGGCUAACUUAUGUAUGUCGUUGGGUAUUCCCCUAGGAAUGUCACUGAGUGGGAUCCUAUUGCAGCAGAUCGGGUAUUACGGGAUCUUCUUCAUAUCCAACUGUUUGUAUUUCACCAGUUUCAUCUAUGGAUACAUACGGCUCAAGGAUCCAAUUAUUGCCGAAGAUAGGCAGCGAGAGCAGCCGGUCGGAUGUCGAGGCUGGGUGUGCUCGUUCUUCGACGCGCGGCACGUCCGGGAGACCCUGACGGUCGCCUUCAGAAGCGGGCCCCGGAGGCGGCGUCUUCGGGUCUCACUGCUCAUAGUCGUCGUGUGUGUUAUAUUCGGACCUUUACAUGGUGAAAUGAACGUGCUUUACCUGUUCAUGAGAUACCGGUUCAACUGGGACGAGGUGCAGUUCAGCAUGUUUUGUACAUAUAGCAUUAUCACCAACUUAGUGGGAACGCUGUUCUCUAUCAGCAUCUUCAGCGACUUCAUGAAGCUUGACGACACAAUCGUGGGCAUCAUCUCCUGCACCAGCAAGAUCUUGGCGUCCUUCAUAUUCGCAUUUGCCACGACUACUACUGAAAUUUACAUCGCGCCUCUGGUGGAGAUAUUCAAUGGAACUUCCUUCAUCGCGAUGCGUUCCAUCGCAUCCAAAUUGGUGACAAGCGAAGAAUUGGGUAAAGUGAACUCUCUGUUCGGGUUGGCUGAGGCAAUGAUGCCUUUGGUCUACGGCCCGUUGUACUCCAGAGUCUACAUGGCCACCCUGAAUGUUCUUCCCGGCGCAGUCUUCCUUCUGGGAGCCGCUAUGACUGUCCCGGCGGUAGCAAUCUUUGGCGUACUAGGUAUGUUGGCAGCACAGAACCUGAAUCUAGACAAAGCCUGCAGAGUUAAUUUGCAAUUUGGUGAUGCGGUGUGCGGAGAUUUGCGUUUGCGGAAGCGCGCAAAUCACACAUUCGAAGAGGAUGAAGUGCAGAAGUUAAUAGCGUCUGUGCAAGCUUGGAAAAGUGUGAUCCACACAGUAAUUCCCACCAUAUUAAUGUUAUUUAUCGGAGGUUGGAGCGACAAGACUGGACGCCGGAAAAUCUGUAUGACCAUACCGAUCCUUGGGGAGUUUAUCACCUGUAUGCUUAACAUUGCGAACACGUAUUUCUUUUAUGAAGUCCCAGUAGAGUGGACUGUGUUCAUGGAGGUCAUAUUCCCAUCGCUCACUGGAGGAUGGUACACAAUUAUACUCGGCACAUAUAGUUAUUUGAGUGACAUCACUUCCAAGGAAAUGAGGACGUUUAGGCUAGGGAUGUUGAGUCUGUGUAUGACAGUUGGUUUUCCUAUAGGUAUGGGACUGAGUGGGGUGCUUUUGAAAUACAUGGGUUUUUAUUGGGUGUUCGCAGUGGCGGGUAUGUUUCAUGUAUUUAACCUCCUUUACGUGACUUUCGCCAUUAAGGAUCAUACGUGGCUGCAGACCAAACCAAAGGAGAAGAAAGCUUGUUGCACUGGCUUUCUCGUCGAGUUCUUCGACUUUCGGAGUAUAAAGGACACAUUUCACAUUGCGUUCAAAAAAGGCUCCAACAACAGACGCUUAAGGAUAUGUCUGAUUAUGAUUGUGGUGUGCCUGAACUAUGGACCUUUCUGGGGUGAAAUGAGUAUAAUGUAUAUUUUUGCGCGAUACCGUUUUAACUGGAACGAAGUGAAGUACAGUAUAUAUUCAACGUACAGUCUCGUCACACAUGCUGUCGGUACCAUGUUCUCCAUAAGCAUGUUCAGUAAGAAGUUAAAACUCGAUGAUGCUAUACUCGGGGUGAUCGCGACCACCAGCAAGAUAGCUGGAUCCUUAGUUCUAGCAUUUGCAAGAAAUAACACCGAAGUGUAUAUGGCUCCGCUCGCGCAAAUAUUAGACGGCACUACAACCAUAGCUCUGCGCUCCAUCGCCUCGAAGUUGGUUUCACACCAAGAACUAGGUAAAGUGUUUUCUCUGUUCGGGCUGGCGGAGACGAUGAUGCCUCUGAUAUUUUCUCCGCUGUAUUCCCGCACCUACAUCAUGACGCUACACAUACUGCCUGGAGCAGUUUUCCUACUCAGCGUCACAGCGACCAUACCCGCUGUCGGAAUAUUCAUAUGGUUCUACAGCCGCCACAAGAAAGACGCUCGUGAGAAAACAUUAAAUAUAACUUAUAUUCCAACCGCACCCUCAGAUGCUGCAUAAGACCAGAUACAUGAUAAAGUAGUCGAAAUUAGCAUCAAAUGGGUGUGUUAAUGAAGUAAAUCUAAGAGAGAGAGGAAGAUUAAAAGAGAGGGAAGAUAAAUAGAGUUAGCCGCCUGGGGCACGUGGCAGAUGUGAACAUUUAAGUUAAUAUUACAAUUUAUAAUUAUUCAAAUGCAAAGAAAGCAUAAAGUAACUAAUAAAAAAGAAAUCGCUCGUUGUACGGAGUCCACGUUAGUAAACUGUGUUAUACGCUCCUCACAAAAGGGUGUCGAGAGCGGUGAUAUUCUUCUGGGUUAUCUAUUUCUUCAGAUUAUAAAUAAAAAAAAGACAAUUCAUCAUAGAUAGAGAUCUGUAUUUUGAUGUAAUCAAUUCACUGGUUUGACUAGAAGACAUUAAUUUUACAAUAGUUCCAACAGGAUACUUAUCACUAAUAUCAUUUAUAUCAGCGAUAAUUUUUCACAGAUGUUUAUGUAUGUAUAUAUUAUGGAAUAAAGGUAAUAUUUUGCAACCAAGUCGCCGAUAAAUAAAUUCACACGUCAGCAACUUUACUUUUUUUCUAAUGUACACCGGCGCGAAGUCUUUGCGGGACGCUAGUGAUGGCAUAAAAGAGCGUUGAAUGCCGAUAACCGCAUAGUAAUAUUUACAAUAGUGUUUUUACCGUCAGUAAAGUAAGAAUAAAAAUGAAACAUCAUUAUAAAUUAGUUAAUUAAAUCAAACAAAAUACGCAGUUAUGUCUUCAUAUAUACUUAGUUUUUUUUCCUUAUUUUAUCCCAAAUUUUAAUUAUUAACUAAGAAAAGCUUACUUUAAAUUUUCGUUAGUACUUUUUUUUCUAUCCAAAAAAAUUUACUGAAUUGCGUGAAACGGGCAAAAAUUAGGGACGUCAGAAAUACGUUAAAAAUAACAUCUCUUUUUUUUGGUUUAAGAUAUAUAUAGAUUAUUAAUAGUUUAAGCUCUUUUAACCUCACUAAGCAGCACUCAGCCCCUAAAGGGUAAUGGGUUAUUUGGCAUUUCAAACUCUGUAUCUUCUAAGAAAAAUGGACCUAAUUUCACUCGUUUUAGAGUCGCAAGUACUUCUGAUUUUAAUUUAACAAAUGUUCCGUCAAAAGUCCAAGCUAAAGAACUGAAGGUCAAUUUUAGCUUUGAUUGAACAACAAGUAAGAUCCAUUUUAAUACGAUGUUCAAGUUUUCCAUACUCGAAAAUGACUCCUCGAUUGCGAACAAGUAUAUCUUGUACUAACGUUCCAUACACCUGCAGCAUGGCACUUUAAUGAAGGCCUAAACUGUAAAUUGAUACAGCCUUAGAUGGAAAUAUAGUAGUAUCAGUUGAGAUAAAGCACUAACUUUUAAUCGAGUUAAAAAUAUGUGAAAUUUCAAGCUCCAAUCUGCCGGCUGAUCAAUUAUUUAUUUGUGCUAAAUGAAUAAAAUCUGUCAGUUGAGAGUGAACGCUGUAAUGCAUUUAAUUUAUGCGCUAUGAAUUCUUUACAGUCCACUUUUAUGCAUUAUAUGUUAUUCACGUAAUCAAAAUAUGUGCGGUACUGCAAUCAAUAUCAGUGAUUUGUGACUAGCCGAUGUCUAUGAAUUUGUCCGCGAGGAAUUACUGGUGUCCCUAAAUUGAGACUGAGACCUGAUUUCACCGUUCGCUUUGAAAACCAAGUAUAAUAUUUUACGUUUUGCUAUUACGUUCAAAUUUCACAGAAGGUUUAACAACUGAUGCCUAAACUAAAUGUUCUCAUAUUAAUUUUAUUUUAUAGACUGUUGGGAAUUGAUUGUGAUUUCACUGUACCAUACUCGUAUAUAUAGGAAGCGGGGAUAGCGCAUUGGGCUCGGCUUCACUUUCGGGGAGCCGAGUUAGUGCGUUAUGUCGGUUUUAAAUAAUUAAAAUAUCACUUGCUUCAACG